AUGCCACCAAAAAAGGCCAAAAAAGCAGCCAUAACAAUUCUCAAACUCAAAAAUGGCAAACUCACAUACUUGCUCACCCUUUCAACAAUAACCUUGGAUAAUAUACGCCAGGACCUUGCAUUAGCAAUCAAUAAAUCCGGUGGAAUACCCAGUCAAGAUGCUGAAGCUGAAAUUAAGAAGCAGGAAGAGGAAAUUGAAGAAGAUAUAAUUGAUGAAGAUAACAUACCGGUACCGAAGUCUGAAUUUGAAGUAAUUGAAGAUGUGGGUGGUGGUGACGCACAUCAGGUUGAUCUGGACGAUUUGAGAAUUGCGAUACCUAGAAACGAGUCGUCGCCAUAUGAUAGCGAAUGGAUUGAGUUAUCUGAUGAUACCAUUGACGAGGUGGAGUUUAAAGACUAUGAUAUUUUGGCUUUUGCUACGGCUCCUGAUGAGAAAUUUGCUAUUGUAGAGGCGGCAUAUGAAGAUUGA